AAACGGGUCAAGCCUGCUGGGCUUUUUUGUCUUUUAAAAAAAGACUGGCCCAAUGGCCAUCUGUGUCCGCGUCACUUGGGUUCCUCCCAAUUCGAAGGCAGAGAGGGGCUCACGCGGUUUGACCGGGCGCGGGACUCGGGUGGGACGCGCGUCGGUUGCUGGUUGGGGAAAGAAAGGCCGAUGCUGUCCGGGGUCUUCGCCGGAGAUUGGAUAGGUAUUCUUUCUUAUUACACUAACACGUUUUGAUAUUUGUACAAAUUGUUUGAUGGUCAAAACGAACUCAGAGGGUUUGUUAAAAAUGGUGUUUCCCACCUACAGAAAAAGUUUCAAAAAAAUUGGAACAAGUUUGAAAUUCUUGAAAUCACGGGGAUUUAAAUUUUGUUAAAGUCGCAGUUUGGCAUAUAAAGUAGCCAACUCUGUCUCGACAUGUGGGCUCGCAGGAAGGAAAGAGGCGAGGUUGGUGGGAAAAAGAAGUUCAAACAUGUGGGCUCCAUCUUAUGGCUUAAGUCGGCCUUAAACAUUGUGGAACUCUUAUAUUGUUAUAGCAAAUGUUGUGGGUCCUACCUUAAUGGGUCAAAACCUGACUUCCGCGUAGCCUAGCACAAUGACUCAUGUGGUCUGGUGGUCAACACAUAUGUAACAUUGAGGGGCGACUCCCCUCACCUCCAUAUUUUAGAUUUUUUUUAAGAAAAAUGUUAAUCGGGCUGUACUGGGCUAGUCCCGAUUUGUUACGUGAGGGUCAACACAUAUGUAACCUACAAGUGCUGAAAGCGAUUGUUUAGCUGUAAAGAUCCGAACUUUGUGGGAAAAGAAGAGAUUUCAUUUUUGCAGAAAAUCAAGCAUCAGAAAGCCUCAACCAAAAUACGCACCAAAUUUGCGGAUUGCGUAAGCAUAUAAGCGAGCAGAGAAAAUUGGCAAAGGAAAAAAAAACAAGAACCACAGGAUUCUGACCCGAAUUAGGGAAGAAAAACACCACUUAGAUUCAACCCUAGGCAAGCUAGUGAGCGGCGCUAGGAGGAUAUGCGGCGCAGACGACCGACGGAGGCGUCGCGAGGCCAAGGGUGGCGGUGUUCGCGGUGGUGGCGAGGGAGGCAGAUCUUGACGGCAUCGGGAGAGAGUUGCGGAGCAGGAGGAGCCGGCGAUGGAGCGGCGGCACCGUCUGCUGGUCGCGCCUUCGACGUCCCGAGGCGAAGGGCGAGGAGGCCAUGAAGCGGCGGCGGUUUCAAGGGAAGAGGGGUCGGGGAGAGGAGUUUUUGUGUACGGGAAGAGGAGUUUCUGUUCCUGUUUUUUCGUUCGUGGGCUCGUGGGGAGGGAGUCGGGACCUGGGAGAGCCAUCUCGGAGGCGGUGGCAUCGAUGUAAUUUGGAUAAAAAUGACGUACGAACGACGUACCAAACUCGAAAUUAAGUAGUAGUAAAAAAAUGUUGUGGGUCCUACCUUAAUGGGUCAAAACCUGACUUCCGUGUAGCCUAGCACAACGACUAAUGUGGUCUGGUGAUCAACACAUAUGUAAUAUUGAGGGCCACUCUCCUCACCUCCAUAUUUUAGAUUUUUUUUAAGAAAAAUGUUAAUCGGGCUGUGCCGGGCUAGUCCAGCCCGUGGACCUCGGUACGAAGCUCCGGCGAAAAAAAAAAACUACCUUUCUCCGAGCCUGGUGCAAACGGGCCAAGCCUGCUGGGCUUUUUGGUAUUUUCAAAAAAGAACGGCCCGAUGGCCGGCCAUCUGUACCGCGUCACUCGGGCUCCUCCCAAUCCCAAUCUCACUUGGGCCCCGUCGUUUCCUUAGACGCCCGGGAUCGUUAGGUUUUGCCAGUUGCCGUCUCUUCUUGCGCCGCCGUUUUAGAUCUAGCCAUCUCCAAUUCCUCGACCCCCAAAUCGCAGGGCUGCCUUUCCCCUUCCUCAACCAACCAUGGCCCCGUCGUGGGUUUUGCUCCGCCCCGAACUUCCGUUCACCCACGACGUGGGGCUAUUCAGCGAGGCCAGCCAGCAGCCAAAGGGCUGGAUGAGCGAAGGAAGACCACCACGUCCUGAAGAGACGCGAGGAGCGAUCACCGCAUACCUAGAAAGCUUGAAACCCGAUGCGCAUUUCGCGGAUCCACCGGAGAUAUCUUACAUCCGUCUACUCCGGCCGACGGAAUCCGUCCCACCCCUGUGCGGGGUCGUUGACUCAGCCUGGAUCUCGAGCAUAGACAAGCAUCUGUUUGCCCUGUAUGCCGGUCCAUACCGGCCUGGCAGUGACAUCUAUGGUAGAAAAGGAGGUUAUCUGAUCUACGACGCCAGGAAGAACUCUCUCUCGCCGAUUCCAGAAAUCCCAUACCACAUGUCCCAGUCCGCCAUCGGGUACGAAACGGCGGUUGUUGUGUCCCUCGAUGGCGAUGGCGCAGGUGAGGGAGCCGGAUAUGUUCUUGCCGAACUGACGAAAAAAGAAAGGCUCAAGGAAGGCUCCGAAGCCGAACUCUUCUUGUGGCAGUCGUCUAGUCCAGGUUGGGUUAGUAAAAUUGCUGUGCUGCCGCCCGAGGCUUGUUCGCCCACCACUGAUUUCUGCGCCGACAAGUGCUUCUCAUUUGGGGGCUUUCUCUGCUGGGUAGAUCUCUCCAAAGGCAUGCUGGUCUGUGAGUUGUGUAACUUGCAAGAAGACAACGAUUUGAAGUUCCGUUAUAUUGCAUUGCCUGAUAAUUGCCCCACUUAUGAUCUCUUCAGCCCUGAGAAUCAAACGCUGCAGGUGCAAGAAUUUCGUUCCAUUGGGUGUGUUGGCGGCCAGAUCAAGUUUGUUAGCGUGGAUGAUCAAGUUGGGCACCUGCCUGGGCACAAAUUAGAGAUGAAUAUAUGGACUCUUUCUUCUGACCUUACAGAGUGGAAGGAUGGCAAGAUGUACAAUCUUGGAAAGAUCUGGGAGAAUGGGACUCAUUUGUUACAUGGCAUGCGGAAGCUAGCGCCUUCUCUUCCUUUCCUUAGCAAGCAUGAAGACAACGUUGUUUAUGUAGUCUUUAAUGAUAUGAGGGUGGUGGGCAGUCAUUUGGAGUGCAAAAGGCAGUACUUAGUCCGUGUCGAUAUGAAGAAUGAUGAUGUGAAGUUCUAUCGGCAAACUACAUACCGGAUUCUGUCACAGCUCUUCACCUGUGAGAUCGGUGCAGACCAACAGGGCUUAUUAGAAGACCAACAGGUACAAACUGGAUUUGGUUCGUGCUUUGAAGGACGCUAGUAGACUGCCGUUGAAUAAAUCUGACCGAAUAUUGUUGCAAUGUACUGAUGCCAAAGCGCUAAUGCGGAACCUGGCUGACAGAUCAGCGCAGGUCAUGAAUCUCAAGAGCCACUCGCGAAACCUGCUUGUGUUUAUUUGAGGUGAUGUCUUUGGUGGUUCAGUUGCUGGAUAAUGCUUAUCUUGCAGCCGAUCGGGUGAGGCUAGACUGUGUGUGGGUGCUAGGUGUCAGUAUCUUCUUCUGCUCGAGUUUUUCUGGUUUGCUGUUUGUCUGCAACCUUAAUAAGACCUCACUGUAUUUUUCUGCUGUUGCUAUGGUGCGAUUGCGCUUUACCGCUCCUGUAAUGUGUUUGGGAUUUUCCAGAGUUUUUCUUCUCCCCGAAUUAUGUCUUAUUUGCGAUGGUUUUCUCCGAGAGUUCGAAUAGUGCUCAUUCGAAAAGUGUUUUCAACAGUGGAGUGCAUUUUUCGACUUCCUUUGUUCAAGCCGGGUUCU